GCACGUGGGAACCGACCUCUCCCAUCCAAACUGCUUUGGAACUUUCGAGGUAAUAUAAAAGCUUCUGUAUAAUAUAUCGAAGUUUGUAGCAAAAAACUUCACUAAAGGCUCGGAUCGGUUUCGGAUUCAGAAAUCUUCGGAGGCCUCUCAGGAUUGAUUACCUGAUCUGAAAUGGGGAAGUCUGAAGGAGACGAGAAAAUCUUAAGUUACAACGAUGUUGUACUCCGAAAAUCCGAUUUGGACAUCCUUGGCGGUCCAUAUUAUCUGAAUGAUCGAAUCCCCGAAUUCUAUUUCAGCUAUCUAAGCACAACCCAUCCUUCCAAGGAUAUUCUUCUAUCUCCACCUUCAAUUGCUUUCUGGAUAAUGAACUGCCCCGAUGCCGAGAGUCUCGACGAUUUCCUAAAACCUCUCAAUCUUUGUGACAAGAAGCUUGUAAUCUUCCCCGUCAAUGACAACAAUGACGUUAGUAAAGCUGAAGGUGGAAACCACUGGAGUCUUCUUGCAUUCUACAGAGAAGCGAACGUAUUUGUCCAUCAUGAUAGCCACAAAGGGAUGAACAAGUACCAUGCCAAGCGACUUUACAGAGCUGUGGCUAGAUUUAUGAGUGCUGACUCGAAUUCAACGUCGAAUCCAAGUUAUCUGGAAUGUGUAGAGUCUCCGCAGCAAGUAAAUGGAUAUGAUUGUGGUGUGUAUGUUAUAGCUAUAGCAAGAACCAUAUGCAGGUGGUAUGAGCAAAGGAAAGAAGUUGAUAGAGAUGGGUUGUGGUUUUCAGCGGUGGUGAAGGAGGUUAGUCCAUCAUUUGUUACCAAUAUGCGUAGCGAAAUAUUGGGGCUAAUAAGAAGUUUAAUGGCUGUGAAGGAAUAUCAACCGGCUUCUAAAUAACACAUUGUUCAUUGUGUUAUUGUUAAUUUUUGCUUACGGUUCCAUUUUAGUGCUGGAUUUGUGUUGCUAAUGGAGACAAUGGGUUUAGUUUGAAAUGAUCGACUCAGUCUCAAUUGCUUCGAGGAUAAAAAAUCCUUUCUAGCUCUUUCUAGUUCCUCAUGUCCCAGAGAAAAAGGGGUCGAAAUUCGGAUAAAACCCAUUUUUUGAGUAAACGUGAAUUUUUUUUACUCUCC